GCAGCGGCAACUGCGGCGAGAACGCUGGAUGGAAGCGGAUGGAGAUGCGGCGGAGGGCAGCGUGCAGCCGGACGCCCUUGCAGGAGUCCCGCCGGCCCCAGGAGCAGCGGCUGCAGAGAAGCCCACUCGUGAGAGAGCUUUCCAGCUCUACGCGUCUGAGCACGGGAUGGCGGUGGAAGACGUCACGGAAACCAUGCUGGAGAACACGGAUCUUGGAGUUGACGGAUGGGCGUGCAAAGGCUUGGAUGUCAACGCGCGAGGCCCGAUUGGCGCAGCCGUGUACCGAGCUUUCAUCAAGCACCCGGACAUGCGGGAGUGCUACAAGUGGCUCUUUGACGACCUGAAGCGCAAAUUCCGGACAAGCUGGGCGAUGCAGCGGAACUUCGACUUUGUUUGCCACAAGCGCAUCCAUGAGAAGCGGGAGAGCACCAAGCACUCAGAGAUCGGCAGCUUCAAAAGUGAACUCCAGCUGCAGGCGCACUUGGGCGGCGUGGCUGUGCCGGAAGCUGUGCGGCAAGCGGCGUGCUACAUCAAGAACUGCGAGAAGUGGCCGGAUGUCUUCGUGCGGUGGAACAGCUGGACGGAGGCGCACAACUACUUGCUGGUGGAGAGGCUGAUCACCAGCACCUCGGAGGAGGCUUGGAAGGAUGUUGUGGCGAUGCAUGACUCAUCUGGAACUUUCGAGACCGAGAGCUACAAGUGCAAGGCCAUCCGCAAGUACGCGGCCUUCCACCGCAAGGCGCCCGAAGCUUGCAGCAUCGACGAUGUUGUCAAAAGCCCCCACGGGCUCAAAGGGUGGGCUGAAAUGCAGAUCGCAGUGCCCGGGGUAGAGGAAGGUCUGGCAGUCCCAGCUGCCUCCACGCCAUCGCCGCCGGGCGCCCCCCCUCUUGGCGACCCAGCUGCUGUUGAUGGCCAGGAGCGCGGAGAGAAGGCGAAGCGAGGAAGCCGGCGAGCUAACGCAAAGGGCAGCGCGAAGCCAAAGGCCAAGAAGGAGCUCAGCCAGGAGAAGGAGGCAGAGAACACCGCCAAGGAUAUCAUCUGCAAGGUCCAGAAGUCGCAGCAGAUCAUGGAGAAGAUCUUGCAGCUUGGCGAUGAUUUGCCUUCCGAGUGGAGGUGGGCCAAAUCCUUCCUCGUGGACUACAAGGAGCUGACGCAGUCCUUCAAGGAUGUCCUUACCCCUAAGGACGGCGACAGUUUGAUCGACUUCGUGAACGAACUCAAGCUCACCCUGAUCAGCCCGCAGGCGAUGAAAGGCUUCAAGAAGCAGUACGGCGACCGCUACGCGCCGCUGUUGCUGUUGUUCAACGAUCGCUCCCAAAAUAUUGCGAGCCAGAUCCUUGCUGGUGGCCUGGGUGUCCAAGAUUUGGCAGUGCACCCCAGCCAGGCUGUAAAACACGGAAGUGAACACAUUAAGAAUGCCGCGGGCAAGAUCUACCCCGAGCCCAAUUUGACCAGAGUCUUCACGCCCAUGUACGUCAAAAGAGAAACACGUCGCGUUGAGCAGGACAUCCCUGUUUACUUGCCCUCCCAGGCCUUCAAAGACUACGUCGAUGACCUCGCUGCACAAACCUGGGCAAACAUGCCGCGGCUUGUCGGCGACAUUGGCAUCUACAAGAACCACCCCGUUGUCGUCCAAGCAGAACUGGAAAACAAUCAGAUCACGGUUCGCCCCAUUGCGCUCUAUUGGGAUGGAGUUCAGUACACCAACCACGAUUCCUUCAUGGGUUUUUAUGUCACCGACAUCCUUUCUGGGCAGAAGUUUUUAUCCUUUCUUGUCCGCAGUGAUGAGAUGUGCAGCUGUGGCUGUCGAGGCUGGUGCACGCUGCACCCUCUUCUUCUCGCCUGGGUGGAGGAUCUCAAAAGAUUGGAGGAGGGUUACCCUGUUCGCUAUGCCGUGAUCGACAUCCAAGGGGACUGGCCUGCAUUUUUGCAAGUGUUCGGCUUGCGCUAUUGGGCGCACAAGACCCACCCCUGCCCUCUUUGCAGGGUCACACUGCCCGAAAUGCUAGAGAUUGACGUGGACAACAUUACCGCUGAUAACCUUCUGUCUCCGUUGUACCAAACAGAAGACUAUGCCAAAGAUGUUGCCGACAGCACGAAGGCCCCCUGGAAAUCCUAA